CACCGGUUAGGCGGGGCUAGGUGGCGGGUUCCACGUCAUCAGAAGAAUGUGGAGCCAGUCACGUGAUCUCCGGCAUGUUUCCGAAUGGCUAUCGAGUGCCACGUGACUAUCUGACACGUUGUCAUAGCGAUGGACUCCGCCCAUUUGAGCCCGCCCAGCCCUCCGUCACGUCCCGGCGUACAAAGCGAACGCCACCGGAGUGAAGUAGGUGGGGCUUUACACAGGCCCGCCUCGGGGAUUGGUCGAAGGCUCUUUGAGCGGCUUCAGCUCUGAUUGGACGGUAGCCUCGAUGCCGUCUGUCACUCCUGGUCAAGCCCCGCCCCUGCACCCAGAUUGCAGACUGCUCGUGGACCGGGAUCCGAACCUCUGCCGGAGAUCGAUCGAUUGACUGGUUGAUUUAUUGAUUGACUGACGGGUACUUCCACGUGGACACUCGGGCGGGAUGUCCCGGCUCUUGGAGGGAAGGAACAAGGACAAGAUGAAAGAAAUGAACGCAAAGAACAAGGAGAAGGAGCGAGUCAAAGAGCGCGAGAAGGAGGCUCGCUCCAACAAAGGCCACCUGUUCACAUCUCUCACAGUCUCCUCCACUACUUUGUGCUCGGCAUGCAACCGAAGCAUCACCGCCAAGGAAGCACUCAGUUGCCCUGGUUGCAACGUGACCAUUCACAACCGUUGCCGAGACAGUUUGGCGAGCUGUGCCAAGAUGAAGCAGAAGCAACAGAAGCUGGCGAUGGCGAGGAACAGUUCGGCCCUUCAGAACGUUGCUCUGCGGGCAAAAACCCCAGUGCUGAAGGAGCGUCCCAGUUCGGCCAUCUACCCAUCAGACAGCCUCCGCCAGUCUCUGCUUGGUUCCCGAAGGGUCCGCUCGGGCCUCUCGCUCGCCAAGAGCGUCUCCACCAAUAAUAUCGCCGGUGGGAGCGAGGACUCGGUCGGCCUCAGGCGGAUUCUGUCUCAGUCCACCGAGUCUCUGAAUUUUCGGAGCAGGACUUUGUCCAUGGAGUCGCUCACUGAUGAUGGAGACUGGUGGUGGAGCCCCCUGCUGGAGGAGCUGCAGGUGGAGGGCCGUAGCGUUCAAGCCGACAGCUGGAGUCUGGUGGUGGAGCCCAAAUUCCUGCAGACGCUCCACAAAGACCUGAUUAAACAGCAAGACGUCAUCUACGAGUUAAUUCAGACGGAAUUCAACCACGUCCGCACGCUACGCAUCAUGGAGGGUGUGUAUCGGCGUGGUAUGCUGGAAGAGGUGAUGCUGGAGGCCGGCGUGGUCCAUACCAUCUUUCCGUGUCUGGACCAGCUGCUGGAACUGCACACCGCUUUCUUGGCCCAGCUCGUGGCCCGGAGGAAGCAGGGCACCGCCGAGGGCAGCGACGCCAACUUUAUCGUGCCGAAUAUCGGAGAGCUGCUCCUCGCACAGUUUUCUGGUCAGUGCGCAGACGACAUGAAGAAAGUUUAUUCGGAAUUUUGCAGUCGUCACCCGAAAGCUGUGAAACUCUACAAAGACGUUCUAACUCGCGACCGAAGGCUGCAGCACUUCAUCAGGCGCGCCUGCCGCGGCCCUCUGUUGCGUCGUCACGGUGUCCCAGAGUGCAUCCUGCUGGUCACCCAGAGGAUUACCAAGUAUCCCGUUCUCAUUCAGAGGAUCCUGGACAACACCAAAGGCAAUGAGGAGGAGGUGCGAGCUCUGGAACGUGCCUUGGUCCUCCUCAAGGAGCUGAUCGUCUCGGUGAAUAAGGAAGUUCUGGAGCUGGAGCGGACCAGGAGGCUGCAGGAAGUCCAAGCUCGGCUGGUUCCCCGGUCUCAAGCGGAGGUGCGUGGCGGCGGAGUGUUCCGAGGAGGCGAGCUUCUGCGAAGAAAGCUCCUCCAUGAAGGAAUGCUCCUUUGGAAGGUCCAAGGCUCCAGGAUGAAAGACGUCCACGUCCUGCUGAUGUCAGACAUCUUGGUCUUCCUCCAGGAAAAGGACCAGAAGUUCACCUUUGCGUCCUUUGACAAGUCUCCGGUGGUGUCCCUGAACAAGCUCAUUGUCAGAGAUAUAGCCAAUCAGGAGCGAGGGAUGUACCUGAUCAGUGACUCCACUCCCCCGGAGAUGUACGAGCUGCACGCCUCUUCCAAAGACGACCGACGCACUUGGAUGAACGUCAUACAGCAGGCCUCGCUCAGUUGUCCGUCCAGAGAAGAAUUCCCUUUAAUUGAAACAGAAGACAAAGCUUUACUGCGACGACUUAAAGCGGACAUCUUGCAGAAGGAUCGUGAGGUUUUGGAGCUGCUCCAGGAGCGUGUGACUUUAUUUUCGGAGUUGGCCGAGGCGACGGGAAAAAGCGGCGUCGGGGAAGGAGCUCCAGAAGUUGGCGGCACGCCUUCCAGAUCAUCCGAUAGCCGGAAGUUGUUCCGAGCAGACUCCGCUCACGCCCCUCCCGCCGGACCGCUACUCAGCGGUGCCAUCCGUGAAGUGGACAAACUGAGCCAUCUGCUGGCAGGAUGCAGCAUCAGCAAAGCAUCGGUCACCAACUGCAACCACGAGAUGAGCAACGGCGAACCCGUGACACUCAACGUGUCUCCCGAGCUCAACUCUUCCAAGGACACGAAUGGAAACCAGGUUCAGGAGGCCACGUUGAAGGAGGAAGUGUGUAAGCUCCUGAUCAGCGUGAGUGCGCAGCUUCACGCUCUUCAGGCCGCCGUCAUUCGCCAGGACUCGGUGGUGGAGGUGUUUGCCAAAAGCGGCCCCGCCCCCGGUCCCACCUCCGGACCCCGCCUCAGCCGCUCCGUGUCGCGGGACACGGGUUUGGACGGCGGCAACGGCGAGGUGGGGCUGCUGAAACGGCAAGUGGAGCUCCUGCAGGACGAAGUGAAGCGGCUGCGGGCUCGAGAGGAGGAGCCUGGCAGACAGGAGGUGCAGCUUGCCGGCAGGAGGAGGAGCAACGGAGACCUGAGCGACGUCAUCAAGGGAGACUCGUCGAGGAAGAGGCGGGGAAGUAGAGAGCUGGAUCUCCACCCCCUCGCUCCAUUGGCCACUCACGAUCCGCUAGACCAAUUAGACGGCGUUCAGGAAGCCAACGAGGAGGAGGAAGACCAACAAGUUGUGAAGAUUUCUCCUCGCUCCGACAGCCCAAGAGACCUGCAGGACAUCCCAGAGGAGAGCGAGUGUGGAGCUGAACCCAGUUAAUGUUUCACCAUGAGGUCACCGUGAAAAGGAGAGAGUCAGCACGUAAAGACGCAUUUCCUGCUCCAUAAAGACUUUUCCCAAUAAUGCUGUCUAACUUGAAACAAGAAUCAUAGGAGUGGGUGGGGCUAGCGAUGUGUGCAAAGGUCACUAAAAGACUUGACUACACUACCCACAAUGCCUUUGGCCAUCGUCAUCAUCAUGACUAUUUAUUUAUUUUUCUUCGUGUUUUUUGAAGAGACUGAAACACUCCAUCCAUUUUACAGUGGCUGAUGAAAAAAAAACAAAGAGGGAAGCUGUUAGCAUGGUAGCUAGUAGGUGUCUUCUUCAAAAUGAAGGUCAGAUAUUUGUGACAUUUUGAGGCACUUCAUUUCCUGUGUGUCAAGGGACCUCUUGGCUGCUCUUGCUUAGUUCAUGUCAAACUUGUUUUUGUUCUCAGGAGAACUUUUUGUUGUUGUUGUUUUUUUUUAUACAAACGUCUAAAGAACAUACAUUAUUUGUGCUCUUUCGAAAUCAACUAAGCUAGCCAAUACUGUUGCAUGCCCCCUUAUUCAUGAAUACAUUAGGCAGUGUUUAUGAAAUACAAACUAUGACAAUAAAGGAAUAUACUAGGCCGUUAUAUGAUUUUAAAAUUAUUUCAAAAAGUUGGCGAGAGUUGUCCACUACGUCACUUCCUGCUCGCAACAACGCGGAAAAAGGCGGAGAUCAAGCUGGGAGUUGGUUCAAUACGGAAGCCGAGCCGAGCCGAACCAAAAGCAACACCACGGCCAGAAUCUACGCCAAAACUGAGAAACGAUCGAACUGCUGACGUUCUCGCUGGAGACUCAAUAGGAAGGGGCGACAAGAAGCUGUCGUUCUUCGUCAUUCACAAUCCCCCUGGUAGCUGCUAUUGGCUAGUUAGCCUGCUACUUGCUAACGUUUGAGGACUCGUCCAG